AUGCCCACCGCCUCUAUACCUUGUCCCUGCAACAGCCACACGCCCGUCGCAAAAGCAACGGACGGGGUCUCACAAAGGGCGGCGACCACGAUGCCUCCCUCUUCACCACCCCCAAUCACCCCCUCGAUUCGACGCCCAUCGCUCGACGACUCCGACUCGGACGGCUCCCAGGCGACGCUGCAGCAACAACGCCGCUCUCCCCUCCCCGCCGCCAUACUCUCGCCCUCGUCGGCAAAGUCGCCGACAUCAGCAGACUCGCGCGCCGCUCCAGCGCAGAACUACUCGCGUCCAGGCAUUGUGCGCGAUGCUACGCAGAGUUCAGGCCACAUUGGCGCGCAUCUAGGACACCGCCCACGCCAGCGCUCCCAGGGCUAUUUCGAGCCCAGUUUGAGCUCCAUGAAGGAGGGCUCCAUACGCGACCGAGACAACACCAUGGCCUCGCAGACAAACCUUACCGCUUCCCAGAUUGCUGCCCAGGCCGCCUAUGCCUCGAAUCCUCAGCACAAUCGCAAGCGCUCCACCACCAUACCAGCUCCGAGUGAAGCUGCGCCUACCGGACGCGGCCAGCCCAUGAGUCCGCCACCCAUGCCGGCUAAUUCCCAGGUCACAUUUAGAACAAACGGCAUGACAUAUUCGAAUGGUGUCAUGGGAGGCAGGAUGGCUGCAACGAGUGCUGCCAACGCCGCGUUUCCUCGCAGUCCGCUGAACUCGCCUGGCAUUGAGGGACAGCAACAACAGCAACAGCAGCCACACGCAUCGCCCAAGCCAGCCUCGUCGACGCCCGAGCUGCCGCAACUGCAGAAACCGAAGGAGGGGAAGAGCAGGCUAGGCGGGAAGCUGUUCUCGUCCAAGCCCAAGAACAUCAAGGUGGACAAUAUGCUGAGCGGCAAAGACCAGGCAUUGCCGUCGCCAGGGAAGAUUGGUAUCGGCAUUCAUAGCUCGCAGGCGCUGAAUCGCAUGAUGAUGGCAGGCUCGACGACGAGUUUAGUCGACUCGGGAACCAACAGCAGUAACGCUUCGCUGUAUUCGUCCGCCAACGCAUCGACGUCUACACUGGUACCCCCACGGAACGACUCCCUACCAGAGAAGAAGGAAGAGAAGCAUAAACACCACUUUUUAUCGCGGCAGAAGCACAAACUGAAGGAUCAAGAUGGCUUUGCUCUCCCAUUAUCCUCAGCGAGUAGUAAUUCUAAACCAACAAACCCUAGCGCUCCCGAGCCGCUGUAUUCCUUCGCCCCGUCAUCGCCAGGACAUUCAAGCUCGUUUGCGAACUCGGUGACGGGCUUGGAUCUCAGACACGGUGGCCGGCAUUUGCGGCGAGCGAAAAAGGAAGAAAAAGCCGCUGCGUUCCUUGACGCUCAGCUGGAACCUCCGUACCGGGAACGGAACCAGUCGUUUAGUACCGAACGGUCAGAAUGGCCGAGUCUUUCUAGCAGUAUAACGACGACACCGAAUAUGGCGACACCCGGUCAAACAAUAUCUCAUACAACAGAGAUGCUGCAUCUGGGGAGUUCAUUUGGCAUCAACGGCCUGUCACCCGAUGACGCCUGGCCACUGCUAAAAGCAAGGGUAUUAUUGAUAUUUGAGGGCGAAGACCCCCGGCCGCCAGUCGAAGACUUCAACGCUUUAGUCACCGUCCACAUCAAACGCUGCAUCCACAAACGAUCCCCCAUAAUUCUCAUUGAGGAUUUGAAUGAGCUCCUCCAAACGGGUUUCGGCUCUUUAGACCAAACACUACGUCAUGUUCCCGACGAUCGGCUUAUCCCUCAUUUGGUAGAAAUGUGGCUCGUGGUCUUCACUACCAUCCUACCUUUUUUGCAAGCUGUUUUCCUACCGCUAGACUUGGAGUUCCGAGGCUCAGGCAUAAUGACAAGUGCCCAAGCGGCAGAGUUCUGGGGUGUCAUGUUGCCAGACGAGAUGAAUACCAAGAGUCCUGAACAUAGGAAUAUACCGAUUCUCGGGGAGUUGGAAGUGAGGAGAAUAACGCUGUUGAUGUUUAGGGAUAUUGUGAUACUACCACGUUAUGAAGCGCUCAUGGCCAUCUUCUCAAGACUGAGUUUGGAGAAUUUGAAUGCAGGGUUGGAGAGCCCGAGUCCGAUCCCAGAUGGCGUUAUGAGUGGACAGCAGCAGCAGCAGCAACAGAGGCCGGGUACAGCUGGAAGUAGCAGCGGCGACAUGGCCAUGGGCAGUCUCAACUCGACAUCGCAGAGCUCAGGGGGUUAUUUGGAGAGUACGACGAGUAUCACGAGUUCGACAUUUGCCGCCAGCACACGCAGCAGAGCGACGAGUAACACGUCCGCUGGUUCCUUUUCCUCCAACCCAUCACAACAUCCCCCCACCUCGAACCCUUACCAACUCAACCCCCUCCAUCCUACCAUCUCGCACUUGCACCCCCCACCCACCACCUCCCAUUCUUCAAACUACAACAAUGCCCCUUCGAGCUUGCGCCAGACCCCCAUGGAUAGCACAAAAGUGACGGAAACUGUGGGCAGAAUGCUGCAGUGCGUUUCUGUCCUCGUCUCGUUGCAGUCGAGCGAUGAUGCGCAGGACAAGAUUAGUAGGUUGAGCAAGGAGCUCAAGUACAAUUGGUUGGGUAGGGGUAGGACGGGCAGACAGAGACAAGGUUUUGUGGGGCCGAGGAGUAGAGGGCUUAAUCUUGCUGCUGGUGGUGUUUCUGUUCCGGGUGUUGGUGCGUAG